GACGGUCGGCAUUCGAUCACCGAACUAGUAAACGAACAGUACUCAAACGCAGCGGCAGCGAAGGUGGCGCGCGCGUUUUGAAUUCAUUACAAAUACAACAAUUUAAUUGAAAAUACGUAAAACAAGAGGAAACAUAGUUAUUUGACGAAAACGAGCGAUACGAAUCAAGUCUGUUUAGCAAUUUGCUUUUUCUUGUAGUUGUAAUCAACUAAUUUGUGAAAAUAUUUUCGUUACCUAUGCGACAGUGAAGUGCGAACGAAAACGGCAACUUUUCGACGACAAAGCGAUCAAAAAUACAAGACACACUAAUUGAGGAAAUUCCUUAAUAUCAACAAAAACAAAAAAUAAUAUAAUAAAUAAAUAAACGAGUAAACGCAGCGAAUGAGACAAAUGUGAAAAUGUGCAAAUUGAAGGGUUAAGCGUUACAUAUUGCAGAUACUUUUGAGCUGCUGACUAUCUAAAAUUAAAUAAUUGUGAUAAGUAAAGCAAAAUCAUGCGCUUGAAAGCUUAGAAAAUUGUGCAGUGUUUUUCAAAAAAAAACAACAAACAAAAACAAAUAAUUUUUUAUACAACCCAGCAAGUGCAAUUUAACGAUUAAGUGUUUGACACUUUUUUUAAUAACUAGUUUUAAAGCAAAAAAGCCCAAAAAUGGUUGGCAAAAUCAUCGCUUUGCGCGACAUGGACAAUUUCAGUCGGCGCAGCAGCGUUUAUGUGGAUCCAGAAUGUGAUAAAUUUUUCGAAAUGCCGCUCUUCAUUGCGGCCAGCACCACAGAUAUGACCACGAAGUGUGUCUGCUGGCAAUUUAGCGCAGGCAAAGAGCCAGCUUUGCGUUCGUUCACCGAAAUCCAACAGCUGCUCCAGCAGGGCAAGAAGCGUGAUGUGAAGAGUAUUCUACGUGAGAAUUCAUGGCCUAUCAACUCACCCAUUCGUGCACAAUUGUGGCCAGCACUAUGCGCUCAACAUCAGACGAAGCAGAAUAUGUUAGAUGGUUUCUAUUGGGACAUGGUGCAUCAGGUCUUUGGCACAACGGAGCUCUCUGAAAAACCCAUAAUGUUACCCGCCUUCGUCGAUCCCGCUCACUGUCUAACCUACCAUCUCACACGCACUGGGCGUUCGGUAGCCGAUCGCAUUGUGAAUGUAUUGGGCUAUGAUUGUCCCGAUAUUACAUACAGCCCAGUAUUGUAUCCGAUUACAUCGAUUCUGUUGCAUUUCAUGUCGGAGGAGGAAGCGUAUCAUUGUUUAGCUGCGCUUGUCGGUAGCAAGGAAAAAGUCUUUAUAAAACAAACCAAAUUACAGCAUGAAGUCACCUGGAAAACUGUGAUGCAAAUUGCCAAAAAACAUAGCAAAAAUGCCGUGACCUAUUUUCAACGCAUCUGUCCUGGUGUUAAGCUGGAACGCGUCUUCAUGGAUUGGUGCUGGUGGAUAUUAGCAGGUCUACCAUUUCAGCAUCUAGUACGCAUUAUGGAUUGUUACUUCCACGAGGGUAUUAAGGUGCUAUAUCGCGUGGCGCUCGUGAUAAUCAAUCUCUUCCACAAAGAGUGUCAAUCCAACAACGAAUGGAGUCCAGAUAAUAUUAAGAAUGACAUUGGUAAUGCGUUAAUUAAAUUCUGCAAGAAGAUACCAGUGUCACCAACGAAAUUAUUGCAUGCCGCAUUUAGUAUUAGGGGACUGAGUUCCACAUAUAUUUCUAGAAUAUUUAUGAAGACUGAAAUGAUACUAAAGAGCCGUUCCGUUUUAAAUAGCGGGGCGAAGCAAUUAGUUAAGUCGAGAUCCAGUGAUAAUUUGCCAUCGAGUCAAUCACAAGUCAAUAUACAAAUGAUGUCGCACACAUUGACCAUACGUGAGAAUCACAGUUUCAUUGGAGUUCACCUAAUGGGCAAGCGAUGGCAUCGAAAACAGCUCUUUACACUCUGGUCAUGGCUGCCCGUCAGGAUAACAAUGUAUCAGCCGGUACUGCUUUACACCACUGAGGAGCACGGUUGCUCUCUGACCACCUUCUAUGUGCGCGUGGAGCAGCAUGAGCCGACGCUCAUGAUGAUAAAGACGUGCAAUAAUGAGGUCUUUGGCGCAUACUGCUCAACACGUUGGUUUGAGCGCAAUGUCAAAGAUGACAAGGGCCAGCGUCAGGCCUACUUUGGCACUGGCGAGACCUUCCUCUUUUCACUCUACCCGGAGCGCGCCAAGUACCCGUGGGUCGGUAUUGAGAAUGAGAAGGACUUGGGGCAUGCGUCCGAACUUUUCAUGGCAGCCGAUUCUAAGAUGAUAACCAUCGGUGGCGGUGAGGGCCAAGCCAUUUGGAUGGAUGAGAACAUACGAUUUGGCAAGACAGACAGCUGCAAGACCUUCAACAAUCCGCCACUCUGUCCAUCUGGUGAUUUUGAAAUACGCGUGCUUGAAGUGUACGGCUUUGAUGGCGUCUAAGUGAAUAUACGUACAAGUCACAUGCACACACACACACACCGAACCAAAAAAUAAACGUACACACCUUCCCACAAUGUAUGUGCCACCCAUGUUGCAAAGCAUUUGUUGCUCGCAAUGGCUCAAUCCAGGCGUUGAAGCGUUGACUCUAUAUUUUUGUAAUAUAUUUUCGAAAGACAAUGAGAGGCCGCCUUAUGGGCCUCUUUAAAUGCUUAACGAAAAUGGUAUUGUAAGCAUCACGAAAAUUAAAAUCUAAAACGAAAAUAUUUCAUUCAAAAUUGCCCGCCGAGAAUGUCUUCUUUUGAGUGUUGACGAUGCUGAUGUUUAUGAUGAUGAUGAUGUUGCUGGUGAUGGUGAUGAUGUUGAGAUGUAGCGAGGAGCAGCAUAGGUAGAGUGAGUUGUUCAAGGCGCAGUAUUUUACGUAUACAUAUAUUAUUACAUAUACCUAUACAUAUAUUUAUGCAUUAAAGAAAUGAAAUUCUCGUGGCUGGAUUGCCAACGCGCUGUUUGAUGAGUGUUAGUAGUAAACAGAAAUUAUAAUAAUACCAUAUAUACAUAUAUAUACCUAUAUAGUUGUAGUAACAAUAGCUAAUAUCUAAUACAUAUUGUUGUAAAAUGAAGCAGCAAAGUGAAGCAAAUACUCGGUGAAUGAAAACAAUGCAAACUUUUAUUAUAAAAAGAAAAUACAAAUAAAUGAACUUGAAAUGAAAGGCGCAUGGCGUUGACGAAACAAUAAACAAGAAAUUUGCAUAAACAUUAUACUCGUUUGAAAAGGAAAAUGCAAUGUUAGUUGCCGCCUGCUGCUUAGUUGCUUAGUCAAGCAAGCGUACUAAAUGCGAGGAAUUAUAUGAAAAUGACACACACACAUGCAUAUAAAUGCGCAUGUAAAUGACGUUGUUUGUGAGAUUAAGUAAUUUUUAAGUUGCCAACUGUUGGCCUCAACUUGUUUGUUAUCCCUAUUGUUUAACAAAUACUGUUUUUAUUGCUUUAAAACUAUUUUGUUGACGACAUAUACCAAGUAGUUCUUCCUAAUUGUGUAAGCAUAGCUUGCAUUUGGCAAAUGAAAUUAGCAAACAUUAUGUGAAGUUGCGAUGAUUGUAGUAAAUUGUUUUUUUUAACUUGUCUGUGGAUCAAGCAGAUCCAUAUUGAGAUGCAAUAGUACACAAAUUAGCGUUGUAAACUGGAAAAUAGUAAAAAACUACAUAGCAUAUACAUUAACAAGCAUGAAAAACACAGAAAAUAUAAGAUAUCUUAUUUGCUCAAAGGCUUGUCUUUUGCAUGUUUUUAUGCGUUUUUACGCAUUUAGCAUUGACCCCUAUAUACUUGCUGUUUGCUAAAGUGCUGAAAUUGGUUUCCACUGAAAUUUCCAUUACUUCCUCAAUAGUUGUAAUGAGCGAUAUCAAUGUGCGACAAUCAGCGUGAUAUAAUAUUAAUUGCUGUAUAAAGUAAUUAGGAAAACACAACAAAACCGUAGUUUUGUGUUGCUCAACUUUACAAGUUUAAACAUUUUUAGUGAACUCUAGUAAUUCGUCUGAAGUAAGUAACUAACGCACGCUGAGUUAGUUUAGCCAAUUUGUAGUUAGUUUGGAGUACAUAAAUUCAAAUAUAUAUAUUACAAAAAAACAACAACAACUCAAUUGAAAUCAAUGCAAGAAAUCCGACUGAUUUUGUUAUAAUUUCUAUAUUAUAACCCUCAUUUAAGUGUAUUAUGUAACAACAUUAUAUUUAUAAUUAUUUCAUACGUCACGUUUACUACAAUCAUAACAGUUUUUGUUAACAUAAUUAUUAUUGUUGAAUACAAAAGCGUUUUAAACAUUGGAGGAAUUGUAUAUGCAACUGAAGAGAAUUGUAUUGUUUAUUGGUUAGCUGUUCACUAUGCUGAUGUUGUUAAAGGAAUUUUCGUUGUUUUAGUUUAUUUUUCUAUUUUAAGUUACCUAUGUCAUUAUGUUUUUGUGAUUUUGUGAUUACUUGUAAUGUCGUUGCAUGUACGACAAUGAGACAAGAUUGAAAUGCCGAUUACUUUUGUGAAUUCGCAUUGAAAUGAACUGCUCAAUUUUUUCGAGCGCACUAACAAAUUAUAACACACAGAACACAUGUAUGUAUAUGUAUGUGCACAUAUACAUUUAUGUGCAUGAAAGCGAAAUUGAAAUAAACACAAAAAUAAAAAAUAAAUAAUAAAUAACAAAUGUUACACAAUUUGUAAAACGAAACAUCAUAAUAUACAUACAUAAUGAAUAUUUAUUUAUGCAUAUUAUCGCAACAACUUUCACUAACAAAUAACGCGUACUAACAUUAUAUACAGCAAACGAGAAUCAUUUAUGUAGCGUAUUAGAAAUAGAAACAGAAGGAGAUACACUUCUUCACAUUAAGUAUAAAUAAAUGUUUUUGCUAGUUUACUAAGUGUUUAAGAGAUUUACUUUAUAGUUAUACAUAUAAUAAUGAACUAUACAUAAAGAGAAGUAUAUAAUAUAUAUAUAUACAUAUAUAAAUAUAUAUAACUAUAACUGUGUUUAUAUGCGUUUGAGCGCGAAACAAUUUCUUCUGUAAAAUUUAUAAAAACGAGAAGUGAAGUAAAAUUACAUUUGUUACGCAUGAAGGCAUUUGUGCAAGCAGAAUAAUCGAAAGCCAAGCCAAACGGCAGCAAGAAAAUGCGAGAAAAGCUAAAUACCCAAAUGAAUAAAUUUUUUAAGUUAUUAAGUGAAGAUUAUAGCUGAUGAUAAGACAAGAAACACCAAAAUUUGCAUGUAAUGUUCGAGACAAUUGCGCCGCAUUGCUCUGUAAGAAUAGUAUACAUAUACAUAUAUAAUGCUGUAAUAUUAAUUUGUAAAUUUGUAAACAAGGCCAAUGCAGCCCUGUUUGUUUAAGAGUAUUUGAUUCUACAUUAAAAACGUUUAUUUUUAAAUAUAAUUCUUGUUUUAGUUUUUUUUAGUUUUUCAUAUAUGCUUUGUAAAUAAUUGCGCAUAAUACAUAAUUGAUCUCAUUUCAUUACAUUUAAUUGCAAAUUUCAAAUUGAAUAAACCUGAAGCAUAUAAACUGUUGUUAACUAAGCAGCAUUUCUUAAGUUUCUUAAAAGUAUAGAGCUCAAUAUGACUACGUUUACGUAUAGUAUUUAUUGUUAUUUGUAUUUAGGAGUAAAUGUGGCGCAAUUGUGGCCUCCAGAGUUGUAUUAUUAUUCAAAACAAAUACGAAAUAAAUAUAAACACAACAGUGAAUUACAAAUUGUACACAACUAGUUUAAUAUUUCAUGUUUUCAUUUUCAAAGUUCAUAAUAAAAUGGCGCGCCGCUUUCAAGCAGUUGGGUAAUGCUGGAUUUGUAAACAUAUGUCAACAAAAUUUGUGAAAACAAAAUGUUGGAAACCAAAAAAAAAAAACAAAAAUGAAGAAAUUUAUAAGUUUUACACAUUGUAUUUUUGUUUUAUUUUGCACAAAUUCUUUAUUAAACUUCUGAGUUGAUCUAGUCAAAUCAUGUGUUACGUGCAAAAAUUCAAUAGACUCUAUUUUAGUGUGUGCAAAUAUGGGUAGAUCUAGAGAUUUUCUUUUGUGAUGAUGACUAAAAAGUGAUUUACUUAUAUGCAAGAGAUGAAGUUAUGUGUCUACUUCAGUGCUUUAUUUAUUAGUAUGUACCAUACAAACACAAAGACAUAACCUCAAUUUGUUGCAAACGAUGGUAAGAAGUACUUUGCCAUUGCCUUUGAAUGACUCCCAAAGUUAUGUUGCCUUAUAGGCUGGGUAAUAACUUCUAACUUGCAUCUCAGUAAAUGCAUAUUUAAAAUAACAACAUUUAAUUACUUUUCAAUAAAAACAUUCCAUUUUCAUUAGAUACGUAUUGGGUAAGCAUCCACAAAUUUAGAUUUCGAAAUUCAAUAAACGUUUAACACUAUUUUUCUCGUUAGCAUUUAACGGUCAUUGGAAAUAUAUUUUUUAAUUGCAAAACUAACCUUAAUUAAUGAAUAUUAAAAACUUUCAUAAUUUAAUAUAAAUGUCACAUUAAAGAAUUUUGUGCAAAAUAAAAUAUAAAUGGAAUAUACAAUACGUUCAUAAAUUAUUUAAAAUUAUUUAUUAUUAAAUAAAUUAUUAAAUUUGGAACAGUUCAUAGGUAUGUACCAUAUAUGAAAAACCCAUUACUGUAGUCAAAAAAAAAUGUUUAUGAUUUUAUUUUAAUUUCUCAAGUCAUUUUAUCUAUUCUAUGGAAGCUUUUUAUGCUUCAUGUCAUUUCUUGAAAGAAAAAUCAUUAUACAACAAAGCAAUAACGUAAUUUAUGCUUAAAUACGAUAAUUUGUCACGCCUAAGUGAUGCAAUGCCAAAAGCAGUGAAGAAUUAUUCCAACUUUACUGCGAUUAAUUGCAUACCUUCAGGCGCAGACACACUUUUUUUCGUACGCUGGCUCAAGGAAAUAUUACAAAGCUUGGCUUUUGUUAUUCUGUUUGAUUGUGCCACAACAAAAACAACAUUGGGUUUAGCUUUGUGUGUUGCAAAUGGAAGAUAGGUACGUUUAAUACGAAUAUUUAAGUGCAAACAUGAUACAUCGACUUGUUUACUAAGUUUACUAUGUAACUAGCCUAAGCACACUCAAUGCGCUGUUAACCUAUAUGUACACAGGGCAUAUAUGUAUGUUUAUUAAGCGUGAUUUCUUGUUAUUUUUUAACUAAAUUUAGAUUAUACGUAUAUUCAUAAAGAUGUAUGUACAUCAAUGGACAAAAAGUUAUGUAACAGUGUUUGAUUUAUGCUUUGAAGAAGAAGAAGCAUAUUUUUUUAAUAUGUUUAUAUUGUUUGUUUACUGUUUUUCACUUAGUAUGUAGUAGUGUUAUUGUUGGAACGAUGUGGGAAUUGCUAAUUUGCAGUGGUUGCAACAGUUUUUGUUGCAAUUGUUGUUAUUUGUGUUGUGCUGUGCAGCUGAGAAUUCAACAAUAUUUAUCAGUAUUUUUAUGGUUAGUUCUACAAGGUGUUAUGUAAGAUUUUGUAUAAAUUCAAAAUAUUUAAAUAUGUAUAAUUGCAUAUGCAUGGCAUACAAAUGCACGUAAGUAUGUAUGUAUGUGUGCAUGUACAUAUGCAUUGUGUUUGUUUUGACGUAAUUUAAUUUUACGUUUUUGUUAUGCGAAUUGAGCAAUCAGUUAUUGAGUAAAAAUUUAUGUGAAGAUUAAGUGGCUAAAUUUAUGAAUAAUGAACGCUAAGUAUUUAAGCAUAAAUUAACAAAAGAUAGCAGCAAUAAAUAUCUUUAAUAAAUAGUUAAGUGACAAACGAAAUAAGCAUAUGUAUUUACAGCAAGAGAAUCACAAAUAAAUUAUGAAUUAUUAAUCGUACGAAAUUACCAUUUUGUUAUGCUAAAUGUGUAGAUCUUGAAAUAUGAGUGUUAGAUAAAGAUAAGGAUUAUGAUGACAUAUAUACUCCAAUGCAUACACCAAACUAAUGAAAUCAAAAUAGUAAUAUUUAUGAAAUGGAAAAUAUAAAUUAACGAAACUAAACUUUCGUUUACUACCUGUUGUCAAUGUGUGUGUAAUACAGCAACAUGAAACGUGUGUAUUUGUUGUAAAUUAUUUUUAU